CUCCCAGCGGCGAGGUGAAGCAGAGCUACGCUCCUUGCUGAACGCGGACCGAGCUCGGCGGCAGCGGGGAAGACGCGCCGGAGCCCAGACCGCGACCGAGAGCGGGAGCGAGGCGGCAGCGUCGGCGGAGGGGGAGCCCGCGAGCUGCCGGGCGGGGAGCCCAAGCCGCGCUGUCGCCGCGCAGGGAAGACUUGGCCAACACACUCACACACACACAUUCACACACCCAGCCCGAGCGGGCGCUCGCGGCUAAUCGUCAACAUGGCGCUGGGGCUCCUGCCCGAGCGCGGGCGGCAGCAGCGGCGACGCGAGAGCUGCUGAGCCCGGCCGAGCCCGGCCCAGCCGCCGGAGCCCGGAGGAUCGCGCGGGGCUGUCGCCACCUGCCCGGAGGCUUUGAGCCCGCCCCGCCCUGCCCCGCCCCCACCCGGCCCAGAGCCCACCCCUCGGCGGGGCCGACCCCGAGGGCAGCCGGCUGGCAGCAGACGGCGAGGGAGGCGAGCGAGCGCGGCGCCGCGAGCGGGUUGCGGGCAGCGGGGGACGGCAAACUUUGCUGUUCGCCGCGCUUCCCCGGCCCGGCCCCUUCUCCCAUCGCCAACGUCGCCACCCCACUUUCCUCCAACCCCGCACACCUCUCCCCACCCACCCCACCUCCCGUCGCUCCUCCUCGCCGCCUCGACUCUGUUCCGGGGAAAACUUCAAAGCGCCGGAUCGCAGGCUCCCUGCUUACUCCCCGGCUGGGGAUUUCAGUCAGGUGCUCAGAGGUCCUUGUCCCAAGGUGACAACUAAAGGAGACAUGUAAGAGGCAGCUUGUACUAGACGCUUGAAGAAAAGCUGCCAUCCAAGAAGACGACAUGCUUUCAGCAACCCCCCUGUAUGGGAACGUUCACAGCUGGAUGAACAGCGAGAGGGUCCGCAUGUGUGGGAUCAGCGACGACAGGAAAAUUCCUGUAAACGAUGGUGACGCUUCAAAGGCCAGACUGGAACUAAGGGAAGAAAAUCCCUUGAAUCAUAACGUGGUGGACGCGACCACGGCCCAUCGGAUCGAUGGCCUGGCAGCGCUGAGCAUGGACCGCACCGGCCUGAUCCGGGAAGGGCUGCGUGUCCCCGGAAACAUCGUCUAUUCUAGCUUGUGUGGACUGGGCUCAGAGAAAGGGCGGGAGGCUGCCACAACCAUAGGUGGUCUGGGGUUUUCUUCCGAAAGAAACCCAGAGAUGCAGUUCAAGCCGAAUACACCCGAGACGGUGGAGGCCUCCGCUGUCUCCGGAAAACCCCCAAAUGGCUUCAGUGCUAUAUACAAAACGCCACCCGGAAUACAAAAAAGUGCUGUCCCCACGGCAGAAACACUGGGCUUGGACAGACCUGCCAGCGACAAACAGAGCCCGCUCAACAUCAAUGGUGCUAGCUACCUGCGGCUGCCCUGGGUCAAUCCUUACAUGGAGGGGGCCACGCCAGCCAUCUACCCUUUCCUCGACUCGCCAAAUAAGUAUUCCCUGAACAUGUACAAGGCCUUGCUACCUCAGCAGUCCUACGGCCUGGCCCAGCCGCUGUAUUCUCCGGUCUGUACCAAUGGGGAGCGAUUUCUCUACCUGCCGCCACCUCACUACGUCAGUCCCCACAUCCCAUCAUCCCUGGCCUCGCCCAUGAGACUCUCGACGCCUUCGGCCUCACCAGCCAUCCCGCCUCUGGUCCACUGCGCAGACAAAAGCCUGCCCUGGAAGAUGGGCGUCAGUCCUGGGAACCCGGUCGAUUCCCACUCGUAUCCCCACAUCCAGAACAGUAAGCAGCCUAGGGUGCCCUCUGCCAAGGCGGUCACCAGCGGCCUGCCGGGGGACACGGCUCUCCUGUUGCCCCCCUCGCCUCGGCCUUCACCCCGCGUCCACCUUCCCUCCCAGCCCGCUGCGGACACCUACUCCGAGUUCCAUAAGCACUAUGCCAGGAUCUCCACCUCGCCCUCGGUCACCCUGUCGAAGCCAUACAUGACGGUCAGCAGCGAGUUCCCCGCGGCCAGGCUCUGCAGCAGCAAGUAUCCAAAGGCUCCAGAAGGAGCCGAAAGCACCCAGCCAGCUCCCGGGCACACCCGGAAAACAGCAGGUCAAGACAGAAAAGAUGGCAGCUCACCUCCUCUCUUGGAGAAGCAGACGGUUACCAAAGACGUCACCGAUAAGCCACUAGACUUGUCCUCUAAAGUGGUGGAUGUAGAUGCUUCCAAAGCUGACCACAUGAAAAAGAUGGCUCCCACCGUCCUGGUUCACAGCAGAGCUGGAAGCGGCCUAGUGCUCUCCGGAAGUGAGAUUCCGAAAGAAACUCUGUCUCCUGCAGGAAAUGGCUGUGCUAUCUAUAGAUCUGAGAUCAUUAGCACGGCUCCCUCGUCCUGGGUGGUGCCCGGGCCAAGUCCUAACGAAGAGAACAAUGGCAAAGGCCUGCCGCUGAAAAACAAGGCCUUGGACUGGGCCAUCCCGCAGCAGCGCAGUUCUUCGUGUCCCCGCAUGGGCGCCGCCGACGCCGUGGUCACUAACGUUUCGGGGUCGGUGUCGAGCGCCGGCCGCCCAGCCUCUGCGUCGCCGGCCCCAAAUGCCACCGCCGAGGGCAGCAAGACCAGCAGGAGCUCCGUGGAUACCACGCCAUCCGUCAUCCAGCACGUGGGCCAGCCCCCGACCACACCUGCCAAGCACAGCGGCGGCACCGGCAGCAAGGGCGCCAAAGCCAGCAACCCAGAGCCGAGCUUCAAAGCGAACGAGAAUGGCCUCCCGCCGAGCUCAGUAUUUCUCUCACCAAACGAGGCGUUCAGGUCCCCACCAAUCCCCUACCCCAGGAGUUACCUGCCUUACCCAGCGCCCGAGGGCAUUGCCAUAAGUCCCCUCUCCUUACACGGCAAAGGCCCUGUCUACCCUCACCCGGUGUUGUUGCCCAAUGGCAGUCUCUUUCCUGGGCACCUCGCCCCAAAGCCCGGACUGCCCUAUGGGCUACCCACGGGCAGGCCGGAGUUUGUGACCUACCAGGACGCGCUGGGGUUGGGCAUGGUGCAUCCCAUGUUGAUACCUCACACGCCCAUCGAGAUCACUAAAGAGGAGAAACCGGAGAGGAGGUCCCGGUCCCACGAGAGGACCCGCUAUGAGGACCCAAGCCUCCGGAACCGGUUUUCUGAGAUGUUGGAAGCUGGCAGCACCAAGUUACAUCCAGAAGUCCCCGCGGACAAGAACCUAAAGCCCAGCCCCAGCUGGAAUCAAGGGAAGACCGUCGCCAAGAGUGACAAGCUCGUCUAUGUAGACCUCCUCCGGGAAGAGCCAGAUGCGAAAACCGACGCUAACGUGUCCAAACCCGGCUUCACAGCUGAGAGUGUCAGCCAGAGUGCCGAGCCCACCAAACCCCCGCCUGACCCGGCCCUACAGCCACACCGGGAUUUCAUUGCCCUGAGAGAGGAGUUGGGGCGCAUCAGUGACUUCCACGAAGCCUAUACUUUCAAACAGGCUCCGGGCCAGCCAGUCUUCGGCUUAAGCAAGGAGAAUGUUCCAGCGGGAACCAACAAGGAGAACCUGGCGAUGCCGGUCUCGACUCCAUUCCUGGAGCCGACCCUGGGGAGCGAUGGCUCUGCGGUCACUUUCGGGAAAACCCAAGAGGAUCCCAAACCAUUUUGCGUGGGCAGUGCCCCACCGAGUGUGGACGUCACCCCCACCUAUACCAAAGACGGAGCUGACGAGGCAGAAUCAACCGAUGGCAAAGUUCUGAAGCCGAAGCCAUCUAAGCUGGCAAAGAGAAUCGCAAACUCCGCUGGUUACGUGGGUGACCGGUUCAAGUGUGUCACUACCGAACUGUACGCAGACUCCAGUCAGCUCAGCCGGGAGCAGCGGGCAUUGCAGAUGGAAGGAUUACAAGAGGACAGUAUUUUAUGUCUACCCGCUGCUUACUGUGAGCGUGCAAUGAUGCGCUUCUCAGAGUUGGAGAUGAAAGAGCGAGAAGGUGGCCACCCCACGACCAAAGACUCCGAGGUGUGCAAAUUCAGCCCCGCUGACUGGGAAAGGCUGAAAGGAAGUCAGGACAAAAAGCCAAAGUCGGUCGCCCUGGAGGAGGCCAUUGCCGACCAGAACGACAGUGAGAGAUUGUGCGUGCUUGUGGCCUGUGGCCUGCAGCCUGCUCCGGACCCCAGAAACCUCACGGGUGAUGGGGAGUGUUAUGAUGGAAGCAAACCUGACCCCUUCGAAGCCCCAGAGGACAAUGAUCUUCCUGAGGACUACUUCAUGGACACGGAGCCCCCCAGAGAGCCCCCCGCCGACCAGGCGGCCCCGGACGCGCCACGCAGCCCCACCCUCCGGCUGAACAGAAAGCGCAAGGUCUCUGGCGAUAGCAACCACACUGAGACCACUGUGGAAGAGCUCCCGGAGGACUCUCUGCUGAAAGCCAAGCGGAGACGGGUCUCCAAAGAUGACUGGCCUGAGAGGGAAAUGACAAACAGUUCCUCUAACCACUUAGAAGAGCCACAUUAUAGUGAGCUGACCAACCUGAAGGUGUGCAUUGAAUUAACAGGGCUCCAUCCCAAAAAGCAACGCCACUUGCUGCACCUUAGAGAACGGUGGGAGCAGCAGGUGUCGGCAGCAGAGAGCAAACCUGGCCGGCAGGGCAGGAAGGAAGUGACCCAGGCGGUUCAGCCUGCGGUCACCCCCCAGGGCAAUAGCAUCUCCGAAGAGAAACCUGGCAGGAAAAGGGCAGAGGCCAAAAGCAACAGAAGCUGGUUGGAGGAGUCCCUUAAAUGCAGUGACAAUGAACAAGCCUUGCCUGUGUUCUCCGGCUCUCCGCCCAUGAAGGGCCUUUCAUCCACCAAUGCAAGCGGCAAAAAGCAGACUCAGCCAAGCUGCACGCCAGCCUCAGGACUGCCUACCAAACAUGACCAAGUUAAAGAAAGCCAGAAGACAGAUGUGCUGUGCAUGGACGAAGAAAUGGAUUGGCAGCCUUCGCCCCUGCCGCAGAAAUACACCGACAACAGUGAGAAACCAUCCGGGAAGCGACUGUGCAAAACCAAGCAUUUGAUCCCUCAGGAGCCCAGGCGGGGCUUGCCGCUGCCAGGGGACUACUACGUGGACAAUGCGGAUGGCAAGGUGACCGUCCGGAGAUUUCGAAAGCGGCCUGAGCUCAGUUCCGACUAUGAUCUUUCGCCGGCCAAGCAGGACCAGAAGCCCUUGGACCGUUUGCAGCAAUUGUUACCAGCUUCCCAGGCCUCGCAGCUGACAUGCUCAAGCUCCCCUCCAGAGACCACCCAGUCCCGCCCGAUGCCACCGGAAGCGCGGAGACUUAUUGUCAAUAAGAACGCGGGCGAGACCCUUCUACAGCGGGCCGCCCGGCUUGGCUACGAGGAAGUGGUCUUGUACUGCCUGGAGAACAAGAUUUGUGAUGUGAACCACCGCGACAACGCGGGUUACUGUGCCCUGCACGAGGCUUGUGCAAGAGGUUGGCUCAACAUCGUACGACACCUCCUUGAAUAUGGCGCCGAUGUCAACUGCAGUGCCCAGGAUGGAACCAGGCCUCUCCACGAUGCUGUCGAGAAUGAUCAUCUCGAAAUUGUCCGCUUGCUCCUCUCCUACGGUGCUGAUCCUACCCUGGCUACGUACUCAGGUAGAACCAUCAUGAAAAUGACCCACAGCGAGCUUCUGGAGAAGUUCUUAACAGACUAUUUAAAUGACCUGCAGGCUCCUGACGACGGUGACCCCGGUUGCUCUUGGGAGUUCUAUGGCAGCUCUGUGUGUGAACCAGAUGAUGAAAGUGGUUACGAUGUUUUAGCAAAUCCCCCAGGACCGGAGGACCAGGAUGACAGCAACGAGGCCUAUGGUGACCUAUUCGAAUUUGAAUUUUCCGAAAGCCCCCUUUUGCCGUGUUAUAACGUCCAGGUGUCCGUCGCUCAGGGGCCUCGGAACUGGCUGUUGCUCUCAGACCUGCUCAAGAAACUGAAAAUGUCCUCCCGCAUAUUCCGCUGCAAUUUCCCAAAUGUGGAAAUUGUCACCAUCGCGGAGGCCGAGUUCUACCGGCAAGUGUCAGCAAGUCUCUUAUUCUCUUGCCCCAAAGACCUGGAGUCCUUUAAUCCGGAAAGUAAGGAGCUCUUAGAUCUGGUGGAGUUCACGAACGAGCUUCAGACUCUGCUGGGCUCAUCCGUGGAGUGGAUCCACCCCAGAGACAUGGACUCAGACGACUACUAGUGAGCUCGCCGGGGCCCGCCGUGUACAGUGUGUCAUAGUGUUAAUCCUUGUGCAUAUGUGUCAUAAUACGACUAUUUCUGUAAAGAAAGGACACUAUUACAUAUGAAAAUAUCUCUUCUUUAUAUAAGAGACACGACUCCAGUCGGAAGGACUUUGAAACAUGUUUUUUUCUUUUUAAACUUUUAAGUCAGUUUUUAUGAAGUUGUUAAUAAAGUUUCUUUACUUUUCAAUGUACACAUGCUUUGGAAUAUGUUUGUUUUUACUCGGAACAAUUGUUUCUUUUCUUUUUUAAGGAGAAAAAAAAAUAAGGAAAAGGAGCUCCACACUUUGACUUAAUUUCAUACAAAGCUCCGACGACAGAGGCCAUAACUGUUGAGAGUGGUCAGAACCGUGUGGUUGGUUUGGGGCGUUGAAUUCGGGGAAGGCACUUGGCGACGUUGUAACUUUAUGUUUUGUUUACAGAGUACCUGCUCAGGCCAGGUCAGUGCUAUUGGAUGUGAUCCAGUAGUGUGUAAUAUAAAUUCAAACCAUAUCCACACACAACAACUAAUUGUACGAAAUUUUUAUAUCCUAAUUUAAAAGCUGUGAAAUUAGUUUUCACGCAUCAAACCGGAUUGUUUAUAUGUUUAAACAUUUUAUGCUCUUAUUUAAAGAAGACUUUGAGCUAUUUUUUUCUGUACCCUGUAAAAUACUGAAAACUAACAUAAUAUGUUGAGGUUGCUUGAAAUUGUACAUAAAACUAAA